AUGGCUCCCGAUGCAAACGCUGUGUCUGCAUCCUCGGUCACGAGCAAUCCGUCGACCACCCAGCCGGCGUCGGGCUCGCUGUCCCGCCAGACGUCUACGCCAGCUUCCAGACGAGCUUCCCAGAUAUAUCCCAUGGGCCCUCCACCGCUGCCUCUAGCUUCCCCCGGAGGGACCGCAGCACCGCCUACACAAGCAGCAUCGCAGCAUGGCCACGCGUUCCCCCCUCUGAGUCCGGGCCACGGUGGAUAUGUGCAGACGAGUGCCGACGCUGCAGGCGUGCCCAUGCGACACCCACGCCCAAUGACGGCGGCCGAAUUGCACCUGGAGCUGGAAAAGGAACAAGAGGCCGUCGUCAACCGCUUGACGCGCGAGCUCUCGGCGCUGCGUGCCCACUCGGCGUCGGUGGCCUCGACGGCCUCGCUCUCGAGCGCCGCAGACUCGUCGGUCGCCCACGUCGAAGGCCUAACCGGUCCCAAGGGAAAUGGAAGACGGAAGACGGAGGGCAGAAAAAAGAAGAAUAACGGGUGGACGAGGAGAAACAGCAGCAGUAGCGGGAUUUCCAUUUCCAUUUCCAGUCUGCGGGGCACCCGAGCGACCCCUCUGCGCCUCGCCAUCCGCAUUACCUUUGAGCUGGCGUUCGAGAUCCCUAAUACGCUGCUUCAAGGCCUCGUUUUCCUUCUUGACUUCCUCAAGCUCGGCCUUGUGCUGGGCUACCUCUUCAUAGCGCGGGGUGCUGAGGACGCUGGAGCUGUUGCGGUGAUCACGCUGGUGAUUGGCGUCGUUUGCUGA